AUGUCCAGGGUGCCAAGGGCAGAGGCUGAAGAGGCAGCGGGGAGGGUAUCUUUGGAGACCACUGAAGUUGCCAGGUGUCGGGCGAGAGCGCCCGCGCGCGAAGGCUUGAAGGCGGCCAACUCGUCGGGCAGCAGGAGCACAGCGCCCUCCGAGUCCUGCCAGUUGGCCAAUUGCGUCAUUCACCGCGUGCAGAUCCGCAGGGACAAAGACCCCGUGCCCUUCGUCUGGAUGAAAGAUAGCUCCAUCAACGCGUCCGUCCAGUACGACUGCCGCAUGAACGUGUACAUCGUCUACAAGUGGCAGAUCUUUCCCGUCCGCUCCGUAAACCACGUGCCCGACUGGACGCGUCCUCUGCAUAUUCAGCUGCAGGCGAAUCUGCCCCUCUUACGCAUCCCCAAGUUCACUCUGCAGCAGGGAGUGUAUGUGUUUAAUUUCAGCAUGACCAUCAACAAACCGGAUGGAAAAGUCUUAUCCGCGACAGACGCCGUGUACGUCCAGGUUAGCGGACACCCGCUGAAGGCAGUCCUUCUCGGAGGCGCUGAUGUCACAGUGAAUUUCACAGAUGAGCUGAUUCUGGAUGGAAGCAAGUCUUCUGACCCAGAUGCAGACAGGCCCUUAGAGGGGCUCGUUUUUUCUUGGUACUGUACUACAAAUCUAAGCAACUACCAUUUAGAUGAAAUUACAGUGUUUAGUAAGGAUGUCUGUCACCCAGAGCAGACUAGUCUGAAUUGGCUGCAGGCUUCCAGCCCCAAACUGACACUGGCCCCAGAAACACUUAAAGGGGACAGGGUAUAUUAUUUCAGAAUGAUGGUAAAGAAGGGUUCCAAGUCAGCAUUUUCUGAUAAAAGGGUGCGAGUGCUCCCGGGACCACUGCCUACAGCACACAUCUCCUGCACGGAAAACUGCGGCCAGAGUUUAGUCGUAUCAGAUCGAUUCUCUUUGUUCCUUAACUGCAAAGACUGUGUCAGCAGGGACUUCUACAACUGGUCGAUUUUGUCCUCAGCAGGUGAUGAGGUGUUAUUUGACUGGACGCGGCAAACUGUAACGGGGAGGAAUAGUGCUUAUUUGUUGGUAAAAGCUUUUGCCUUUUCACAUUUCUCUGAAGCUCGGUUUUGGGUUUCUGUCUCUCUGACAAGUUGGAAGGGCAUGACCAUGGUGUUUAGAUAUGGCUUCAUCAUCAACCAUGGGCCUCAAGUUGGGAAAUGCCAAGUUAAUCCAGCUAGAGGAUUUGCAGUUGUUACUCAAUUUGUUGUCCAGUGUAGUAAUUUCAAGGAUAAAGACAUUCCCCUUACAUAUAAAGUCAUUGUUUCCGAUGUGGAGAGUGUUGGAGAAAUCAGUUCAGUGGAAGAGAACACCAUGGGGACCACCCUGUAUCUGGGGACAGGGUCCACGGCACCUCCUUCCCUUCUCCCUGCUGGUGUGCCAGCGAAUCAUUAUGCCUUGAAGUUCUAUGCCCAGGUUUAUGACUCCCUAGGAGCUUUUUCUCAGGUGACCUUUUAUGCCACCGUACAGGCUCCUACUGACAAAAACCCUUCAAAGACUGUGUUGGAUCAGUUAGUCCAUCUCACCACAGGACCCACUUCAUUGCUGUCCACUUUGCUUCAAAAGCAGGACAUGUUACCUGCAGGUUACUUAAUAUAUGUAGUGGCUUCUGUCUUGAAUAGCAUGAAAACUGAACCAACACUCCAAAGUGACAAAGUCAAUCUCCAGGAAGAACUUGUCAAACAGUCUUUCAAGCUUCCUGUAAACACUUUGGAUGAAAUUGGCCAGGUAGUGAUGAUCAUCACCAAAUUAACUCAGAAAGGCUCUGAAUUCACUGAACUGGCUCAGCAGAAAGUCCUAGAGAAGCUAUGGCAAGCAAACCAGGCCCUGCAGGAGUAUCAACGAAAAGACAAGAACUUUCGCUCUGAGCAGAUAGACAUCAUGAGCACUGGAAUCCUGAUGAGCUUGUCCAAUAUCCUCCACCUGAUCAUUCAAAAGGGUCGAGUGGUCGAAGAUCCUUUCAAAGUAGUAGAAUCUCUGUCAGACACAAUACUGGCUGACAAAGUGCCAAGCAAUGAGACCACUGUGCUGAGGACUCCCAAGCUGAACAUGUAUGUGGAGAGAGUUGAAAAGUGGGACGUUUCCCAGGCUUUCAGAAAUGAGGAAUGCUGCCAAAAUUGCUUCCAUGCUACACUGAAUGCGAGCAGGGUUCCUGGUCUUCCUGAAAAAGCUCCAGUUUCUAUGAUGUUUUAUGAAUUCACAGAUUACCCCUUUCCUUGGAUAAAUGCUGCAGAAAACACUUCUGCAGGGGUGAUUGGGUUCAGAAUGACAGGGGCCACAGAAAAGGGAAAAGUGAUAGAGAUCACACCUGAUGUAGUAGAUGUGUACCUCGUCAGAAAAAACUUGACCUCUGUGAACUUUAAUCUCACGGUGGGACCCAGCAAGGAGCAUGAGGGGUCCUUGAAGAAAACAACAGGGGGGUUUGAAUUCGAAGUGGACAUCAGAAGAGUCAGGGAGGUGCUGAUCCAUUUUGUUACAGAAGUGACUGUGUUGUUCAAGGUGUUUGUGUACGCAGGCAGUCAGGGUGCCCCCGCUGAUGUGGUUGCUGUCUACAUCAUGCCUCACGACGUCCCUCCAGUUGUAGACCACAGUUGGAGUGACCUGUCUGACGCAGCCUGUGCCGUUAGGGAGGCCCGCGUGGUUUGCCUGCCACCAUCCGUGCUACAAAUCAUAGCUCAGCGCAGCCACUCACCCAAGUGUACCAUAUCCAUGGUUCUGCAGGCACCUCAUUUUGUCCUGGAGCCCAGUGACAAGCUAGUGAGAAUCUCUCUCUUCAGUGUGAACUGCAUGGACAUGUACGGGAUCCAGAGGGACUGGAAGGAGGACACCUGUGUGCUGGGUGAGAAGACCACUUGGGAUACAGUGCACUGUGUCUGCAAGAACGCGGUGAGGACCAGGCGGCAGCUGGGUGCACUCAAGCUGGCCUACCAUCGCCUGCACACCCACUUUGUGACAGCCAGAGUGAUCGUGAUUCCAAAUCCUGUGGAUCUACGGCUCACAGUCAUCGGGAAUGUCAGCCAAAACCCUGUAACCCUUUUCACUGUGCUGUUCAUCAUACUCCUCUACACAGUGCUGGCCUUCUGGGCCUUGCACAGGGAUGAGAUGGACCACUUUCUUCGGGACCAUGUGAUAAUUCUGCCUGAUAAUGAUCCUUAUGACACCAUGUGCUAUCUGAUCACUGUUUUUACAGGGAGUCGUUGUGGGGCUGGGACCAGGGCCAAUGUCUUUGUCCAACUUAAUGGAACAAAGAGUAAGAGUGAUGUGCAUUGUUUAAGCCAUCCGCACUUUAAGGCUCUCUACCGUGGGAGCAUCAACACUUUCCUCCUUACAACAAAAAGUGACUUGGGGGACAUCCAUUCCAUCCGUGUGUGGCACAACAAUGAGGGAAGAGCUCCAAGCUGGUAUUUAAGUAGAAUCAAAGUGGAAAAUCUGUUUAACAGACAAAUUUGGCUAUUCAUAUGCCGGAAGUGGCUUUCUGUUGACACCACUUUGGAAGAAACAUUUCCUGUUACCCUCCCAGAUGAGCCUCUGAAAAGAAAGGACUACUUCCUGAUAGAUGUGACCAGGAGGCUAGGGAAGAACCACUUGUGGUUCUCUGUUUUUACUAAUAUUGUUUCUAAGUCGUUCAACAGGCUUCAAAGACUGUCCUGCUGCUUAGCCAUGUUGCUCAGCUCCCUUGUUUGUAACAUCAUGUUCUUUAAUCUUAACGUAAAAGAGCAAUCAAAAGAGGGACGCUACAUCAGAUCAAUGAUGAUAGGAAUUGAAAGUGUCAUAAUUACAAUCCCUGUUCAUCUAUUAAUAACAUUUUUCUUUACUUACUCCCAGAAGAGACCUCAAGUGAGUCUGGAUGAGGUGGCUCCUCAAAAGCAUCCCCUUCUGUCAGAAGAAAGUGGGUACUGGAAAGAGCGCCUGGACAAGUGGCAUGCUUACGAAACUUCCAAGGGGUACACCACAGAAAAGGCAAGCACCAAGAGGACAGCGAGGGCCAGGCAAACCCCAGUCGCCAGGGUAGCCCCAACCAUCAAGAAACCGACAAGCCGCAUCUCAAGGGUCAAGCCUGGGCCUUCUAAGUCUUUUGUUCGAGUCACUUUUAAAGAGGAGCAGCAAAGUGUGAGUGAAGAGAGCAGCUCCUCGGACAUCCACAGGACCAACACAAAUGCCAGUAACAGAAACAGAGAAGACGAUCAAGAUGUUCCUUCUCAGCAAGAGAGUCCUCAGCACCUUAACAAGAAGCCCCAGUUUAUCUUGCCUUCGUGGUGUGUCUAUGUGGCAUGGUUCCUGGUGUUUGCCACCUGUAGCAUGUCAUCAUUCUUCAUCAUAUUUUACGGGCUGACUUACGGCUAUGAAAAGUCAGUGGAAUGGCUCUUUGCAUCUGUGUGCUCAUUCUGUCAGUCAGUCUUUCUGGUGCAGCCCUGUAAGAUUAUACUGUUGUCGGCUGCCAAAACAAGUAAGCCAAAGUACUGCAAGAACCUUUCCUGGUCAACCAAGCAUGGUUACAUUGAGAUCAGGCUGCGGGAGCUGAUAGUGUCUCCGAAGGAGAUGCAGACCUUCCACCAGCACAUCCUCAACCUCCAGGGCUCAAGGAUGUACCAGCCUCUCACCGAGGAUGAAAUCAGAAUAUUCAGAAGGAAGAAGAGGAUCAGGAGAAGGGCCAUCCUGUUCCUGAGCUAUCUUCUGACCCACUUCAUCUUCCUGGCCCUUCUGCUGCUCCUUAUUGCCCUGCUGCGUCACACUGACAGCUUCUACUAUAAUCAGUUCAUCCGGGAUCAGUUCUCUGUGGAUCUUGCUGCUGUGACAAAGCUGCAAGACAUCUACAGAUGGCUUGAUGGUGUACUCUUGCCUUUGUUCCACAAUGACCUGAACCCAACGUUUCUUAUCGAUAGCUCUUCUAAAAUCCUUGGCCUUCCACUCCUGAGGCAAGUGAGAGCAAAAGCUGGGGAACGAGUGUGCCUGCCUUCUGAGAACUUCGUGGAGAACAGCAUCUCAAAAGAGAUCCAUUGUCGUCCCAAGUAUGGCACUGACCCAGAAGACACAAAAAACUAUUCUAGCUUUUGGAAUGCAGUUAGCAAGCGUGAGACAGACAAUGCCGCCAAUGGGUUUACUUAUAAGCCCCGAGAAAAAAAAUGGGUGUAUUAUUCCUAUGGACUGUUAAAUACCUAUGGAUCUGGAGGGUAUGCAUUCUAUUUUUUUCCAGAACAGCAACAGUUUAAUUCCACAUUGAGGCUCAAAGAACUCCAAGGAGGCAAAUGGCUUGAUGAGAAGACAUGGGCUGUGAUUCUGGAACUAACCACUUUUAAUCCAGACGUCAACCUGUUCUGUAGCAUUUCAGUCCUAUUUGAGGUCUCACAGCUGGGGGUAGUCAACUCCAGCAUAUCCACACACUCCUUCCCACUUGCUGACUUCAACAGGAAAACAUCAGCAGAGAUCUACUUGUAUGUGGCCAUUCUCAUUUUUUUUCUAGCCUAUAUUGUGGAUGAGGGCUACGUAAUUUUGCAAGAAGGAGCCUCCUACAUGAAAAGUGUUUAUAAUCUGCUCAACUUUGCUUUAAAAUGCAUAUUUACCCUGCUGAUCAUGCUCUUUGUCAGUAAGCACUUCUUGGCCACUGGUGUGAUUCAGUUCUACUUGUCCAGCCCCGAAGACUUCAUUCCCUUCCAUGCGGUUUCUCAAAUAGACCACACCAUGAGGAUUAUUCUGGCUUUCCUGUUAUUUCUGACCAUUCUGAAGACCCUCAGGUAUUCGAGAUUCUUCUAUGAUGUGCGCCUGGCUCAAAGGGCCAUCCAGGCCGCCCUGCCUGGCAUCUGCCACAUGGCCUUUGUGGUAUCUGUGUAUUUCUUUGUGUACAUGGCUUUUGGUUACCUGGUCUUUGGUCAGCAUGAAUGGCACUACAGUAACAUGAUUCAUGCCACUCAGACGAUAUUUUCCUACUGCGUCUCGGCUUUUCAGGACACUGAAUUUUCCAGUAACAGAGUUCUUGGGGUUCUGUUCCUGUCAUCAUUCAUGCUGGUGAUGAUCUGUAUCUUGAUCAACUUAUUUCAGGCUGUGAUCCUCUCUGCUUAUGAGGAGAUGAAGCAGCCUGUGUAUGAGGAGCCAUCGGACGAGGUGGAAGCCAUGACCUACCUGUGUCGCAAACUAAGAGCUGCAUUUACAUUUCUGAUCCCUCAGUCUAAGCCCAAGGAUGAGUCGGAGUUCCUCGCCACCAUGUUGUAUGGGCAGCCAGAGAAGAACAGCCACCGGUACCUGGGGCUGAAGACCAGAAACAUCAACGGGAAGAAAAUGGUCUACCUCGUUGUUUGAUCAGUAACAGGUCAAGAGAUAGAAGAAGUGCUUUCCAAAUGCAGUCUGUGGGAUUAAGGAAGGUUUAGUGGCUCAGCCACGUUUUCUACCCAGAUCCUUCACAAAGUACAGCCCUACAUUUGGAAGUAUCCCCAGUCUGGGCCCUGCUAUCAGGACCGUGAAACGUAGGAGCAGACUGCUCAAGGAGAGAAGAGGCACACAAUGUGGAAUGCCUGAUCGAUUUCUCUCUAGAUGGAUUCGGUGACUCCUGGUCCAGGUGAAGCCCUCAUUUCUUGGGAGCCCACAGUAGUUUGGGGUAGUUAUACCCACUGGUUUUGAGGACCAGAUUUGAAGAAAAAAGCAUGAGGCCCCGCUCUGGAACUGGCCAGGGUGAGGCAGCCUCCAGCUGCAAGACCCACAGCUGCUGCCCCCACAAAGCCCCAGACGGCUGGGCCUCCCCGGGAGUCCCCUUUGCAGACCAGGGAUAUGGAGCCUCCUCGUCCCCACUCCUGGGCUAGAGUUCCAGGCACCUUGUGGGGAGUUCUAGGACUUCCCCUUGAGUUAGGGAAGGGAUGGGAGCCCUUCAAGUCUGAAAUUUUCCAUUUACUCCUUCAUGUUACUGCAGUUCAAGUCAACUUUUUAUAUUCUGACUAAGGAGCGUGGCUUUUGUUAAAAAGGUGCAUAUGGGCUCAUGGUGAAGUACAGCACAGUCUAUAUAUAUAUAUAUAUAUAUAUACAUACAUACACACACACACAUAUAUAUAGAAUAUAGCAGCAUGUCCAUUCAGGGCUUGAGCACUUGAUUAUUUAUGGCAUAUGCAUUAUUUAGGAAUAAGCAAUGGUGGUUUAUUGUUUAAAAGAAACAAGGGCUAAUAUAUGUUAUAUUUUUACUUAGAAACACGUUUGUUUAUGUAGAUGUCACUUGAAGUUUUAUCAGAAUUAAAUGCAUGGUUUCUUCUGA